AUCUAGUGUAAAUAAUUGGAUUCAGAAAAAAGUUAUUAACUUUGUGGAAUUGAUUUACUUGUAUUGGAACGAUUGUGGAAUAAUUUGUGCAUUUCAACCAACCGGAUUACUUGUGUGAUCAAAUUGAUGGAUAAGGAUUAUCAUUCACUGGAUUAUGUGUGCAUCAAAUGAUCAGAAUGGCGGAUAGUAUGGAAUCAGCAAGCAGUUCCAAAUCAGGAACGCCCACUGAUGUGGAUCUAGAUGAACUAGGACAGCUGGAGGAGUUCCAGCAUAAGAUACGUGGAGCUGCAGAGAGUAUCGACAGUCUACUUUCUGAAGCUCAAAUCGACGAAAAUGAAAGAGAGGAAAUACAGAAGAAAACGUUCACAAAGUGGAUUAACUCUCAACUAUCUAAGGCAAACCAGCCAGCGAUAGCUGAUCUUUUCUAUGAUUUGAGGGAUGGCACACAACUACUGUCUCUUCUCGAAGUUCUCUGUGGAAGAACACUGAAAAGGGAGAAGGGUCGUAUGCGACUGCAUCACCUGAAUAACGUCAACAGAGCUUUGGAGUUACUAGAAGAGGAAUACACUAUCAAAUUGGUGAACAUCAGCAAUAACGACAUCGUCGACGGGAACGCCAAAAUAACGCUCGGUCUGAUUUGGCGCAUCAUCUCCCAUUGGCAGGCCAAAGAUGUUAUAAACAUGGAUGUCAGUGAGGGAGCUGAAGAGACGACUUUGGAGAAGACGAUACUCCAUUGGUGCAAACAAAGCACAGAAGGCUACAGAAAUGUAGACGUGCGCAACUUCACCACAUCAUGGCGUGAUGGUCUGGCAUUUAAUGCACUCCUCCACAAAUUUCGGCCAGACUUGUUCGAUUAUGAAGAUCUUCUGAAGAACGAUAACGAAACGAACCUUGAGCAUGCGUUCAGUGUUGCUGAGCGACUUGGUAUUGACAGACUCCUUGAUCCUGAGGAUGUGGACCUUGAAAUCCCAGACAAGAAGUCUAUAAUGACCUAUGUGAUGUGCCUAUUCCAAGUCUUGCCAAAUGCUAGGAAUCUGUUGAUUAAAGAUACAAGCGAUUCAUCAUCAGCAUCUCCGGUCGAAAGAUCAGGGGACACUGAUCUGAGUUCUUCAAAGGAGAGGGAAACUUCAGAAACAAAAGAUUCAAUGUCAACAAUGUCAUUCACAAGUUCAUCCAGUGCCAGUAGUGGCAACAGUAUUAACCUGGCAUCAUACCAGGAGUCGUUAGAGAGUAUUCUGACAUGGCUGCUGGAGGCUGAGGAGGCUCUAGCUGCUCAGGGAGACAUCCAAUUAGAGGAUGACGUCCAGAAGGCUAAGGAACAGUUCCAGAUACAUGAAGAUUUUAUGAUGGAACUCACGAAACACCAGCAGGUAGUUGCGGGUGUCCUCCAAGAAGGCCACACACUCAUAUUAGAUCUUAAGGUCACAGAAGAUGAAGAGUCUGAUAUAAAAGUCCAAGUCGCAUUGCUCAACUCUCGUUGGGAGGACCUCAGAGUCAAGGCCAUGGAGAGGCAAACCAAGCUCCAGCAAUUACUGAUGGAACUCCAGCAGAAACAGCUCGACCAACUGGAUGCCUGGCUGAAUAAGAUGGAGGCCAAGAUAGGGGAGCAUGAGGCUGUGGGGACUGAUGUUGAUGUCGUUAAGCAACAAGUUGAGGAACAUAAGGCUCUGCAAGAAGAAUUAGAAGAGCAGCAAGAAAAAGUUAGCAGUUUGCAGAAUAUGGUUGUUGUUGUGGACGAGACUGCCAGUGAUACAGCAUAUGUUGACCUUGAGCAGCAGCUAGAGGGCCUGGGUCAACGGUGGGCAGACGUCUGCCACUGGACUGAGGAAAGAUGGCUAGUCUUGAAUGAAAUCUACCAGAAAUGGAACAUGUUUAUAGACAGUGAGAAUAAGUUCAGUGACUGGUUGGAAGAUAAGGAAACGGUGCUAGGGGAAAUGACGAAGGCUAAUCUGAUGGAGCCAAAUGAGGUGCUGACUCAAGUGAAAAAGCUCAAGCGGAUAGAAGAAGACAUGGACCAACAGAUGCAGAAGUUUGAUGAAUUAAACGAGCGGGGCCAUGAAAUAGUUGAUGUAGUUGGCGCAGAUGAGAUGGUGGUUAAGAAGAUAAACGCACAACUUGAGGAGUUUCAGGAGAGGUGGGAGAAUUUGGUACACCAGAUGGAGCACCAAAGUAAAGAGAUUGCUCAAGUCAAUAUUGAUUUCUCAACACUGAGUAGUCCAGUUGAGGAAUUGUUAGAUACCGGUCCAAUGAGUCCAAAACGGCAGAGAAUUGAAUCGUGCGAGCGGAGGGAUUUUGAGAAUAUGGUAAAAACUAUGCAUCAGUGGUUGGACAAGACAGAGACCAAUUUGGAACUGCUAACGACAGAGGCCCCCGAUCCACAUGAUCAGCUGACAUCAGAGGAGCAAUUAGUGCUAAUCAAGGAUAUCGAUAGGGAUUUGAACAGUCACCGCAGCAUGUACCAAGACAUCCAUGACAUGGAGGUGAUCCUAAAAGAACAGUUAAUAAGCAAUGAUGAGUCCUGCUUACCCAUCGAGCGAGCAUUCAAUGAUCUCGAGGACAAGUGGACGUACGUCAGCAUGCUCUGCGAGGACACGCAUCGACGGAUAACAUUAGAAGCGGAGACAAAGCAUUUCUACGAAGAGUUGAACUCGCUGCAAGAGGUCAUGGCGGGUUAUGAGAAGUGGGUUAAUACUGCUGAGAAAGUGGCUGAGGAAGCCACUGAAAUGAGUAAACAACUUGAACAAUGCAAAGUCAAGUUAAAAGCCGUGAAGUCCUAUGAUGAUAGAGUGGAACGUAUGAAUGAGCGUAUCAAAGAAAUCCUCGAGCUUCCAGAUGUGUCCGUCAAGCUGCAGAGAGACCUCGAGGAGUUUAAUCACAAGUGGGAAACAAUCUUCAAUAAAAUAGGUGAACGCCAACAAGCCAUCCUAAAUGCCCAGGAUCAGAGUCCGCCCAAAGCCUUCCUAGAUGCCAUGCAAGCCUUCCUCAAGUGGUUAGAGGAUAUUGAGGCAUUCUUAGAGUCAGAGAGAUUCUGUGUGAAUGAGCUUGAUAUUCUUGAGGACCAUUAUCAGCAUUAUGAGGAGCUUCAGAAAGACAUCCAUGACCACUUGCCAACCGUGGAGUACAUCAACAGGACGGGCCGCGAGCUCAUCGAGAGAUCGGCCACCCGAGAAAAGAUUGAGACGCUCCAGCACGAUCUUCACACUGCCAACUCCCGCUGGUCACAGAUCACUGCCGCCAUAGAUGAUAGGUUGAGUCGAUUGCAGAGAGCAAUCAAUGGACUAAGACAGUUACAGCAACAAACUGAGGGUCUUUUGAAGUGGAUGGAAGACAUGGACGUGUUCUUACAUGCUGACGAGGCGCCGUAUGGUGACUUAGACAUGCUCCGGGCACAACUUAAAGAAAGCGAUGGUGUAAAAGAUGACAUCAUCACAUUACAAGAAAACAUCGAUGCAAUCAAGGAAAUCGUCAACGAACUUCUAAUAGAUUCAGACGAAGACUUCGGCACGAAACUUGCGGAGGAUGUCCGUGAGUUAUACGAGCAAUGGGAAGAGGUUGUGCGGAUGUCACAUGAUCAGAACAAACAUCUCCAUGUGAUGGCUGAGACGAGCGCUAAGUUGAAUGCGCGGUUUGAAGAGGUGACGGCAUGGAUGGACACGGUGCUGCAGGAACAUCUGAGCAAGGAAUACGUAGUGGUGAACUGGAAGGACCUAGAGAUUAAUUGUCAAGCUAUGCAAAAAUUGAAAGAUGAGGUGAUGUGCAAGGAACAGCUUGUCACCGAAGCUCAAGCCCUUUAUGCAGAAAUCCUACGAGAUGAUGGUGCAUCCCGCUCCCCUGACCUUGACAAAAACAUGACAAUCCUCAACGAGAAGUGGUCACAGAUCUGCGCCAAGAGCGAUUCUCUCUAUACCAGGUUCAUGACGGGGAAGGAUCAUAUUGCAGAGUAUAGGAGUCGCUACCAGGAGGAGGUGGAGUGGCUGGAUGAUGUGGAGAGAUCGCUCAAGUCACAUCAGGACAGCGACACCACAGAUCCUGAGGAAACUGCUGAGGAAAUUGAUGAAUUAGAGAGCCUUACUAUUCAUAACCACACUAAUGAGAACAAGGAGAAGAUGGAGCAAUUAGCAGAUAAGUUAAUUAGCAGUGAGAUAAUGGAGUUCCAUAUGAAGGGAGAAUGGGAACAGUUCGUUACAAGGUGGAAUACGACAUCACAAGAUGCCAAGAAGCGGCUCCAGUUCCUCGAGCAGGCCGUCAAUUCAUGCCAGGACAUUGAACAGCAGAUGAUCGACAUGUCACAAUGGCUGGUAGAGAUGGCUGAACAUCUGAAGGCCCAGGCCGAUGCCGAGAUACUUGCUGGAGAUGUACCGGAACAAUUUGAGGGCCUGAAGUUAGAAUUUGAACAGCAGGACAAGCUGAUGGCUGAACUGGAGAGUCAGAUUGUGAAGUACAGGUCGCAGGGCAAUGAAGAUGCUGCUGAUCGCCUUCAACAACAAGUUACUAUGCUCAAUGAAAACUAUGCAGAACUAAAAGUCAUGUUUAAUAAGUUCCAGCGUCCAGCCGACUUUGAGCCGAAACUCGGUCGAGUGAAGAGAACUUUGUCUGAAAUUGAAGAGCAGUCUCAUCGAAUAGACAUCCUGUGUGAUGACCCUGAAACCCUUGAAAAUCAGCUCAAGCAUUGUGUGGAUUUUUUCGACACCAUGAGUGAACUGAAGCCAGAGGUUGAAUAUGUGAUAAAAACUGGAAGACAAAUUGUGGAGAAGAAACAAAUUGGGUUCCCAGAGAGAUUCAGUAAACAGCUUGAUGCUAUCAAGCAACAAUACAACAGACUUGGUGCUCAGGUUACAAAAGGCAAAAGUGACCUGGAAAAGGCCCUUAAGUUGGCUGAGCAGUUCCAAACAGACUACAAAGAGCUGUCUGAAUGGUUGGACAAAACACAAACAGAAAUCAGCGAAAAAGAGGAACAAAAAGUGUCAAAAGAUGUGGAAACUGGAUUCAUAGAAGAAAUCCAGGAAACCAUGGCUACGAAAAACCACCUCUUGUCGGCGGUGAAUGAUACAAGUAAACAGUUGAUUGAGAUUGCAGAUGAGGGCGCCCUUGAGGAGUGCAAGGAGAAGGUGCAGGGUGUUAUUGAUCAAUGGACAAAUAUCAUGAAAAAGCUUAGUGCCAGGAGACAGUCUUUACAGGAACCUGAACCAAAUACAGCACUUGACGAAAAGUUCAGUUCGUUUCUCAAGUCUCUCCAACAUAUCUCUGCUUGGCUGGACAAAGUCGAGGCAGUUAUAGAAAUCACCAAGAAACUCUCCGCAGACGAUCAAGUUUCUGAAGAAGAAGUGGAAAGAUAUAAGACUCUUCAACUGGAGCAGAAUGAAUUGAGCGGUCAAGUCGAUCAAACUCGAGACGCAGCCAUCGACCUGAUGAAUAACGGCGACAGAUACCACAAGAUGGUUGAGCCGGAGCUCACCCAGCUUAACCGGAGAUGGGAGGAUGUAUCAACCAAUUUUAAGGAAAAACAGUCAUUGCACCAGGAGGCCAUCUUGAGAAGGUCAUCUGGAGCACAUCGUGCAGAUUCUGACGGAAACUGCAACUUGGAGAAUGAUGUAGAAGAACGCGUUGAUCGUGUUGUUAGGAGUAUUGAGCAGUUCCGCAGCAACCUGGAUGGUGGCGCAUUUAGGAAUGAGGAUUUGGAGAAGGAUGUCAAACGUAAACAAAGGGAUAUCGAUUCAGAGCUUGAACGCAUCCAAAAUGAGGUAGCAAUGCUGGCAGGUGAUAGCAAUGGAGUUAUGAAUGACCUUCAGGAUCAAGAUCCGGACAGGGUCAAGGUCGUCAAAGUCAAGAAGGAAAAGAUGAAGUUUCAAUGGAAUGACACCAGAGCUGAAGCUGACAGGAAAAAGGACUCUUUAAAGCAUGUUAUUCCGCUGUGGCAUAAAUAUCUACGCCAGUCGGAUGAGCUCGAUCGUAUUUUAGAUAUAAUGGAAAGAAAGAUAGAGGAGGAGUCAAGGAAUGAUGGUGGCCUGAUGGCUCUCCAACAGGAACUGGACCAACACCAGAGUGAAAUCGACAAUAUCAACCACCAAGCCGCUGAAUUGAAAAACGCAGGUGCAGAAACAGCUGUCGAGGCCCGAUUAAUUAAACUGAACCGCCAUUGGAUGCACUUGCAGACUUUACUUACCCAACACCAGAGAUCGCUAAAAAUCAACCGAAACACUUCCCCAUUGACGAAGACGUCAAAUAACGAUCUUCUUGACCCUCGCCAUUUUACUAGUGACGAUGACACUGAGGACUCCGAGGCACAUUCCUUUGAGACGGUGAUCACCCGCUCCUCUGUGACCUCUCUAACGCGAACUCUCAUCAUGAAGUAUACGUUUACGACAAAGGUUCCCGCGCAGUUCCUCGAGGAGGCGAAGAGGCUCCUUUCUGAUCUGAGUGACAUUAGGAAUCAUCUUGGCUCGCCUGAAGUUAAUGGACGGGAAUUCGAGGAGUUUUCCAGGCAUGAGGAUUCUUUGAAGGCCAUCAAGGAAUCAAUCGACAACAUCCAACCCUCCGUGGAGGCUGCCACUGUCCAUGGGGAGGAGGUGCGGUCGAAUUGUAAUGGGGAAGAUUCCAUGCAGAUACGCCAUUAUGUCGACGCUAUCCAAAAUGAAUGGGGCAAAGUGAAUCGGGAAUACAAUGACAGGCAUGGUCGACUAUUGAAAGCCCUAGAGCAGUGGCGGCAGUUCCACUGUGACAUGAAGGAUAUGACAUCAUGGUUAUCAGAUGCGGAAGAUCUCCUGAUCAGAAGUCGGCGUGAUGAUGGUUCCUUGGACAUGGAGGUUGCACAAGUACACCAAAAGGAUCUCGAAAAUGGAGUCCGCAUCCACCAAAGGACAGUCAGCAACCUGAACACCACUGGUAGUGAAAUCAUCAAAAAGUCGACCUCGCCUGAUGCUAGCCUGUUGACCGAGAAACUUGAGUCGGUUAACCGGAGAUGGAGGCUGGUCUGCUCUGAGGUGUCAGACAGGAAGAUUAGACUUGAGGAUUUGUCGCAGAUUCAUGACUUCCAGGCUGCGUCGCAGGACCUGUCCUACUGGUUGGAUGAGACAGAGAGCGUCGCCACUGCUGCCCUGAGGCCGGCUGAUGAUGACUUCUUGGAGGAUAUGCUGGAGAAAGUGAAGGAUCGCCAGGCUGACCUGACCAGAAAGCUGCAUGCCCUGCAGGAUGUGAAUGACAUGGGCCAGAGACUUCUUGGUCAGCGUAUCCUGGCCAAGGCUGACAGGGAUAAGAUCCAACGUGAGAUCAAUAAUGUCCACAAUCGCUGGAACGCGAUCUCUAUGUCACUCGAAGAGAAGCGCCAUAUCUUAGAGGAAGUGCUCCACCGCUGCCAUAACUUCCUCAACGACCUCGACAAGCUACAUAUCUGGACGGAAACGACCAAGGAGUUUCUAGAAACUCAAGGUCAUGUCUCAUCUCCUACCUCUGAUAGCAGUCAGGAUGCUGUUAUUGUGGAUCCAAAGACAAUGCAAGAUGCCAUCAAAGAGCACCAGGCUGACUUAGAGACCGUCAACACUUCAUAUCGUCAACUGUCCGAGGAGUCAAGGAAAUAUGGUGUGAUGAUGCCCGAUAACAUCCAACAGAAAAUCACCAAGCUGAACGAAGACUGGCCUGUGGUAUGUGACCUUGCUGCCAGGAUGAAACCACCAUCUGAAUAUAAUCUACAGGCUGAAGCUGCCCUCAGAUUUGAACAAAUCCAGAGUUUGGCGAGCGCUCCGGAGCCAGAGUCACCAUGGCCUGAUCUGGAUAAGGCAGUGGCAGAAAUCAAGGACUGGCUCCUCCUGGUCCAACACCUGUUCAAGUCCCAGCAUGUUGUAGUGGGGGAUAUUGAUGAUAUAGAGGAAGCUGUGGCGAAACAAAAGCAUGAGCUUAUCCGCGUCCUGUCCACCUCGUGCGUGAAUCUGUUGCAGGAUGACCCUGCUGAUUCACUCGGAGACGUCGAGGUCUUAGUUAAAGAGAUGCAGACCUUGACCUUUGAGUUGCAGAAUGUUGUCUAUGAUAUGGAACACACCAAACCAAAACUGCGGCAUCUCGUCGCCAGUGUGGACAGCCUACAUGAAGGAAGGUCACUCAGGGAAGAGAAGAAACAACUAAGAAAUAGAGUUGAGCGUCUCCGAGAGCAGUGGGACGACGCGAGUUCCAAGGUGAACUUUCGCAAGAACCAGCUUGAUGACAUGCUUUUGGAAUGCCGUCAGUUCGAGGAGAUGCGUGCGGAAUUUGACCGCUGGGCCGCACAAAUCGAAGAGGAUAUCGAAAGUGGCAACACCUCUAUUGGCCGGAGCCCAGAUGACAUUGAAAGACAACAGAAAGAACAAAAGCAACUCUUAGUUGAGAUUGAGCAGAGGAACCGAUCUGUGAAAGGCCUCAACAGAAUGGCAGAGAAACUGAUGGAAGACUACAGCCAAGAUGACACAACGAAAAUCAAACAAAGCAUCGACCAAGUUAACUCCAAAUUCACAAAUCUUUUGACAAGGGUGUCUUCACGUGGUAAAGCCCUCCAGAAUGCCCUUUCUAGUGUGAAGAACUUUGACUUGGGACUCGAUCAGUUCUUGCGAUGGCUCUCGGAGGUCGAGUUCAGGUUAGCCUCACUGGAGGAUGAAUCGAGGAAAUCAACGCUGGUCGAGAGUGAUGAGAAAAUUCGGAAUGCGAUGCGGAAACAUAAGGAUCUGCAAGCAGAAAUUGAGGCCCAUGAACAUGCCUUUGAAUCACUCACAAGCCAAGGCCGUCAACUCUCCGACCGGGAAGACCACAAGGUGCUGAGGAAACGAAUCGAUGAAAUGAACCAAAGAUGGAUGAAGCUCAAAACGAAAUCCGUGGAAAUUAGAGGCCGUCUGGAAAGUAAUGCUGAACAAUGGACUGCUCUGCUGACUACCCUGAAGGAACUGAUUGAAUGGUUAGCCAUGAAGGAUGAGGACCUCUCCUUGCAACAGCCAAUCGGGGGUGACCUGCUGUCGGUCAAGAAACAGAACGAUGACCACAAGGUUUUCAAGAACAACUUGGAAGAGAAACGACUGCUGAUAGAACACAGCCUUGAAACUGGCAGGAUGUAUCUGAGGGAAGAAAAGGAAGAAAAACGCACAAGUUCGGACAGCGGGGAAGGGAGUCAGUCGGAAUCUGAAAUUCCCUCUGGUGAGCUCACGCCGGAACAAGAAGCCCGCCAUAUUGUUCGAAAGAUUCGGCAUCAUGUCCGAUUACUCAACCGGAAAUGGGCCGAGGUCAACCAAAAAUCUAUAGAAUGGCAAGCGCGGAUUGACGACAUAUACAAUAAACUGGAUAUCUUCCAUCGAGCCAUGGAUGAUUUCCAAGGGAAGCUGUUGUCGGCUGAGCGUGAGAAGGCCCGGUGGCAGUCGAUCGAAGAUAUCUUUACGGUUAGCUUACAGGAUGAAAUCGAUCACGUUAAGGGCUUCCAGACCCGUAUCACACCGCUCCAACAUGACCUGGACCACCUCAACAACCUCGCCAACGAAUUCCAAAAUGCCAACGUAGUCUUGUCUCAUAUAAAUGUUAAUAAAUUAGAAGACCAUAAUACUAGAUGGAAAUCCCUUAUAGACAGUGUAGAUGAUUACUUAAAACGAUUACAGAAUGCUCUUCGAGAGUUUGCUCCAACAUCCCAACACUUCUUAUCUGCUUCAGUGGAGUCGCCAUGGGAGCGGGCGGUGGCAGGGAACAAAGUGCCUUAUUUCAUCAAUCAUACCACCGAAACCACUCAUUGGGAUCAUCCACAAAUGACGAAGCUCCUGCGUUCUCUGUCCGAGUAUAACCAUGUUCGAUUUUCUGCUUAUCGCACUGCCUUGAAACUCAGGAUGUUACAGAAGAAACUGUGCUUACAUUUACUGGGCAUGCAUAUAGCAUCCGAUGCCUUUGAUAGUCAUGGCCUUCGUGCUCAAAACGACAAGCUGAUGAAUGUGAUCGAGAUCAUAAACUGUUGUCAGUCGAUGUACGAGCGGGUAGCGGAGGAACAUCAGUCAGAACUAGUCAACGUUCCACUCUGCAUAGAUUUGGUGCUAAAUUGGUUACUCAAUGUUUAUGAUACUGCACGUAGUGGACGUCUUCGAGUUCUCUCUUUUAAAGUAGGAAUCAUUCUCAUGAGCAAAGCUCAUCUAGAAGACAAGUACAGAUAUGUCUUUAGACUGAUAGCUGAUGCCAAUGGCUUCGUGGACCAGAGAAAGCUUGGCCUCCUCCUCCACGACUGUGUACAGAUCCCACGCCAGCUUGGGGAGGUGGCUGCUUUUGGUGGAAGCAACAUCGAACCAAGCGUACGCAGCUGUUUUGAAAAGGUAAUGAAGGCCAAUGGUCGCCAUGAGAUCCAAGCGAGUGACUUUCUCGACUGGCUGAAAUUAGAGCCCCAGUCCUUAGUCUGGUUACCUGUCCUCCAUCGUCUUGCUGCCUCAGAGUCUGCUAAACAUCAAAGCAAGUGCAAUAUCUGUAAGGAAUGCCCAAUUGUGGGAUUCAGAUAUCGCUGUUUACGGUGCUUCAACUUUGACAUCUGUCAGAACUGUUUCUUCUCAGGCAAGAAAUCUAAAGGCCAUAAACUCACCCACCCUAUGCAAGAGUAUUGUACAGCAUUAAAGACAACAUCUGGCGAAGACGUGCGAGACUUUAGCAAGGUGCUGAAGAACAAGUUCAAGUCGAAGCGCUACUUCAAGAAGCAUCCGCGGUUAGGUUACUUACCCGUACAGACAGUAUUGGAAGGAGACACAUUAGAAAGAUUCUCAGAACGGAGAUGCCGAGUGCGAGGCAGAAACCCCGCCCCUAGUCCACAACAUCAUAAUAAUGCAACCCAUGAUAUGCACUCUCGACUUGAACUCUAUGCAACAAGAUUAGCAGAGGUUGAACAGCGACAGCUGAGUUCAACACCAGAUUCGGAAGAUGAACAUAACCUUAUAGCUCAGUAUUGCCAGAGUUUAAGUGGGGAUGUAGUGCCACAUACAUUAAAGAGUCCCAUGCAGAUAAUGCUUGCCAUAGACACGGAGCAGAGAGGAGAGCUCGAGGCGAUGAUAAAAGACUUGGAGGAAGAAAACAGGACGCUACAGGCAGAAUAUGAUAGAUUACGUCAAGCGCGUCAAGACGGCGAGGAUGAGAGCUAUGUCCAUUCAGAAAGUGAUGCCGAGGUCUCAAGUCGAGACGCUGAGAUGAUCGCCGAGGCCAAACUCCUCCGGCAGCACAAGGGCCGGUUAGAAGCGAGGAUGGGAAUACUAGAAGAUCACAAUCGACAGCUUGAGGCGCAGUUACAAAGAUUACGGCAGCUUUUAGAACAGCCCCAGGUACCUACAGGUACAUCCCUUACUUCCUCCCAACGAACAACACCAUUUAUGACACCAUCGUCUUCCCAGACCUCCCUCCAGAAGGAAAUGCCUUUGCCUCCGAAAUACAAGCCACAAGCUAUGCCGCAGAUGAAUGGACAUGAUGCAGCUGCACGCCGAAUGUCAAGUGAAGAUGCCCGAUUAAUAGACGUCAUGAAGGAAUUAGAUGAUUCUUUCCCCAUUGAUCCUACACCCAAGAGUAGAUUAGGCUCAACCAAUGUUGGUAAUUUGUUCCAUAUGGCGGGUCAGGUUGGUAAAGCGGUUGGCACGCUCGUCACUGUGAUGACGGACGAAGAGGGUAGUGGCAGCGACGAUGAUUUACAACUCGAUCCACGAAUGAAAUAGGAACAAAUGACCAAUCAGAAUCCAGUAUUCAAAUGAGGAGAGAAUUAUUUCGCGAUCAAAUGCUCACGUCAUGUUGUGAUCAUUUCAUAACAUUGUUCAUCGUGUUCAAUUCAACUUGGUUGAUCAAAUCUUGUUUACACUUUGACUUGUUCAACCCCAAACUUAGCAGACGACUUAAGCUUUUGGCCAGUUCUAAGUAAAUGAAGGAUUUGAAUUUCUCAUGAAAAUAGUCAACAUGGGCAGUUCACUUCAUUGAUUGUUGCUAUACACAUCAUAAUAUUUGUGCCAUUUUCCCCGCUGCUAGUUGCUUUCACAAAAAGCAGCAGUUCUAGUGACUAAUUGACCCUGUUUCCAUUAAAUGUGUCAUAUUGACUCAUAUCUGUGACAGAUAAGUUUUAAAGAGUCAGAGCAGCCGACAUGAUCAAUUUAAUCACUGCAACCUGCGAUAAUUGCUCCAAUGGUUGAUGAAAAUAUGACUUGUCUGUGAGUAAACCCAGUUAUCGAUGGGUGGGUUUGAUUUUUUUUAUGCAUGUCACAAUGAUUUUCAACUCUUGUUGUCACAAGCAUCUGCAAUGGUUGCCGCAAAUGGAAUACUUUUAUUGCAUUCAAUAAUUACAUGUAUUAUCAGGGGUUGCUGCCGCAAAAAUCUCUCAUUUGGGGCGUACUUUAAUAUAUAAACAAGCUUUCUUAUUGAGCCCUUUGGUGCUUUUAAUAAAGUAAUACUGCAAAGUAUAAUUUAAGGAACAGAUGUGACUGCUUUUAAUUUCCAGUUAUUGAGUUAAAAUGCAAUUGGUUAUUUGCGAUCGUGACUCUAUCUUUAACAUGCAAAAUAAAACGUGUGAAAGAUGAUUAACUGACUAUUACAAACCUUCCAUUAAUGUAAAGUAAAUCUAUGUAUUUUGUACACAUUAUUCUCAGAUGGUAUUAAAAGCAGUCUUGCGUAAUAUACAUUGCUUUUGAUGUAAGAAAGGCACAUCUCCAGGCAAAUAUUGUUUAAAACAGGUAAUGCACCAGGAAAUAAAACUAAGUUCACAGUAUGCGUGGUAAAUAUUCAACCGACAAACGAUAUUUCAGAGCUGAAUAUUUUCUGGAGCACACUGUACACUAUUUGAAACAUGUCAGUCUAUGAUUUAUAACUAACCUUUGACCUGGUUUGUAAUUAACAUAUUUGAGGUGAUUAAUAUUCAUGUAUAUUUCUCGAUUGUAUAUAAGGCCCUAUGGUUGUCUGGUUGUAUAUUGGCUGUGCAUUUCGCUCGAAUCUUAACCAGACAGUGUGUAGAUUCUGUGUAGAUAAUGCAUUAUGGUUUGUAUUCUGGUUAUUAUGAGACUCGCUUAAGGUCAAACCAUUUUACCAUGAAUUGAACCACCCUGCCUGAGGGUUGCCUUCAACCAGCCAUGGGCAGCAAUAAGUCAGUUAGGGUACACAAUGUCCAUAGUAACUUAUGAUGUAAAUAGAUGAAAACUAGAUGCUGACAAGUUUACAGUGCCAUCAGGAGUCGUUUCUUGUCCUAGUCUCUGUUCGUGUGGCUGCAUUUAAACUAAAGGGAUUUAGGGUAUUUCAAAACAGGGUAUAUACCGGCAAGAAGUGACGAUGACGAGUCUUUGUGUAUUCUUGGUACUGGUAAAUCAAGAUAAAUGACUAACCUAGAAAGUAAAAAUGCCUGACCCAGUAAAUGUCUUUUGCAUUUUAUUUUGUAUUGACUAUUGAGUACACCCUGUAGAAUUUCCAAGCCGAUAAUGCUUCUCUUUGUAUGUCCAUGAGUUUGAGGCUUUCAGUGACUGUCAAUGUGUUUUCCUUCAGCAUAUCAAAGAAAUCCUGGACCAUUCCAGGUGGGGUUUCUAGGGUUAUUUGCUAAUGUCAAAGAGACAAAGUCAGAAAAAUUAAAUUUGUCACAAUUGUCAUAAUAGAUGUCACUGCGGUGAUAUGUAGUAUCAUGAAGAAGAACAUCAUUUUCUUCUUUGACUGUCUCUGGUUGUCUAUGUGUAUAUCAAUGUAAGGGACAACACCUGGUGCAUUUUGUAUGUUUUUAUUGUUCAAGUUCUUAUGUUAAUGGUAUAUAUGUAUUUAUGUCAUUCAUAAAUAGAAUUGAAGUUUAUGACGACUCGUGACUUUAUUUUGAAUAUCAUCUGGAAAUAGCCAAUUAGAUAGAGAAUAUUGAGAGACUUUUUGAAAUCUUCCCAAUUGUGCUGGCCUUCAAGUCCUUAAAAAAAGUGUAUGCAUUUUCUAACUUCUGGUGGUUUGGGAAAUUUUAUUGGAUACGUCAACUAAGGAACUCUUAGCUCAUGCUAGAAGAGAGUGCUAUACAAUGCCUAAGGCGGUAUGCGUUUAAUGCAUUUGUAUUGCUCUCUGCAGGGGACAACUGGUGUUGUCAAUUGCGUUCAUGGGCAGGCAAAACCACUGAAAUGUAUUCGAUUGCUGAGAGGCAAAAGAAACAUGAAUGACACACUUUGGUCUGCACCUAGAAAUAGUUGAUAAUAUUUGAAAAAAGUGUUGAUUUAUAUAAAAUCAAACAUAAUACUAUCUUUCAAAGAUCUUAUAUAUUUAUUUAUUCGUUCCAUUUAAUAAUCGAUUCAUGGAUGUAAAAUUUCAUGUACAGUAGAACCUCUCUAUUAAGGACACUCUCGGGACUGACAAAUGCUGUCCUUAAUAGACAGGUGUCCUGAUUAGGGAGGUCAAAUUGAAUGGAAACAACCAAUUUGGGACCAAAAGUAGUGUCCUUAAUAGAGAGGCUGUCCUUAUUAGAGAGGUGUCCGCUGAGAGAGGUUCUACUGUAUUUCAUUAUUUGGUAAAGGGACACACGUUUUGAUAUGAAUUGAACAAAUUUGAUAGAUGUUCACAUUGAUGUGAUGUGUUAAUUUGUAAAUCGAUUGGGAUGUUUUUAGAUGUAAAUAGACAAUGGGCAAUUAGAUAAUCCUGUAGUUCUCUCUAGGCAAUUAGUCAAAUCAUAGACAGAUUUGAAAUGAACCGAGGCUGGUCCAUAAAUUCAAUGUAAAGUGCUCGUGAUGAGUAGAUUUGUUUCUCUGCCAAUCUGUUGCCUUGGUUACGUUACUUUGAAACUCAGUGCAUUUCAAACUAUUCGAACCCUAAAGCUCAAGUUCCUAAAUCUCUGACCACACCCAUAAUCCUAUAUCCAGAACACCAGUUUUAUUUUUAGAUAAAGUAACUAUCAAGAUCAUCAUAUAUAAGAAGACAACUAACUUCCAAUUUGAAGAAGUUGUGUGUGCACAGCAUAUAAAUUCUAAGACUUCCUGAUCUUGAGAUAUGACCUAAGUGUGAUUUCUCAGCAUUUAAAGUUCCUACAUUGACAUAAAGAGGGCCUCCUAUGGUAAACCUUCACAUAUGAGUAAUAUCCAAAAUAAAAAGCCAUACUAUGUGUAUUAGAUAAGUGCUUUCCAAAGACAGUCUUACAUCUAAAUUUGAAAGUGCAUGUCGAUUGAUAGUUGCCAAAAAUCUAUCAUUGAGCAAAUCAUUUAUCGGAAUUCUUCCAAAUUGCGUGCUAUUAUAAAGGGUGACAGCGAAAAUAUUUGCCACAUGUAUUUUUGGUAACAGUAAAGUACCAAGACCAUAAAACUUCCGAAAGUGAUCCCCAGAUGCACAUGUCAAUAUUAUCUUCAAGGCCCUUAUGCUUCCGUGCUUGCUUUGGAUGAAAAGUGACCUCCCCAAAGCGCAUGCAGAAAAUCGAUCAGUGCAAUUAGUAUCAGAUUGUGAAUACCAUGAAAAAAAGAGUUCAAAUAUUUUUAGUUCACAGAAGAUUUAUACACGGUGAGAAGAUGUGAAUUGGCAUUGUGACUCUUGGACAGUGUAUUUGGAGCUGCUGACAAUUGUAACGUUUCCAUGUAUAUUGACUUACUCGUGGCGCUCUCUUCUGCAAAGAAACCUUGGUGUUUAAAUCAUGUAGGGUAGAAUAGGGUAUUUGUAGCUCCCGUUUAAUCGUAGCCUUUGAUAUUGAUUGAUACCUCAUGCUUCAAACAAUGCAGGAGCUACAAAUACCCCUUUCUACCUUACUUCUUGUUCAACUCUUCAACCCUAUAGCCCUGUAUUAAAAUCCAGUCCUCAAAAAUUUCAAUUGUUUUACAGGAACACAGAAGCAAACUGACAAAGUCGUUUAGAUUUCCUGACAUAGUUGCUGAAGUCUUUUCAAGAUUAAGUAAUUAUCUGCCUCCUGAAUAUCAAAGGAGGACUAUAGGCAAGAGCCAGAUGGGUCAGAUUGUGACUUCAGCCUUAGACCCCCAGCACCUGCCUACAGUCUCCCUUUUAGGCUGGCAAAUACAUCUUGUAAUCAACGUUAUAGAACAAUUCCUCAGCAAAGUCAGUUCUGCCCACUUGACUGACCUGUGCAUGAUUAGAUAGUUGGCUCAAACACUAAGGGUGAAAUUCAUUACAGGGUGAUUUGGAGUGAUCAGUUCCGCUCAUUAUACCUUAUGUUACCCCUUACAUCACAUUUAAAAGAACUCGGGCCAGCCAAUUACAAGGUCUAUUACCUUUAAACACAGCCUUGUUGGCACCAAGGCCUAAAUUCCCAUUGUUGAUUGUUUUACUGUCUUAGCAAAGGAUUAUCAGUGCUAAUCUUGAGAACAUUGACCCCUCGAAACAGUUUUUGUGGCAGUUGAUAUGCCCAUCUCGGCAAGGGCAAAUCAACACAAUAUAGAUAAAAGCCUGCCAGUUGACUGUUCGUGGUCAAACGGUGUGUAAUACUAUGAAAACGCUGUUGAUGAAUUUUACCCAAAGUGUAAGUCAUCUUAUGAUUCAAAGCCAACUCGUUAGUUCUUUGUAUGUGGACCUGAACAUAUCUGUCAAUCAAUUUUAUUGAAAAUAGAUUUUAUAUAAAGAA